GCGCGUUACCAGAGUGUCUUCGGGGCGAGAUCAGGGGAGAGGCUGGAUCACACCUUGGCGAAGCGAUGCAGGGGGGAGGAGCGCAGGCAGUUGGAGGGGUUCCAGGUCUUCGAUAGAGUGCCCAAGAAUUCGGCAAAGGGCAAACGCGCCCGUGGGAAGUGGGUCGACGACGAGCGCUGCGACGAGGACGUCACGGAGUCGGUCAGAUCGCGCUCCGUGGCCAUGCAUUUCGCCUGGGACGUGCGCGACGACACCUUCGCAGGCACUCCAUCACUAGCAGCAUUCAGGCUGGUGGUCUCCUCCGCCUCAAGCCUCUACUCCACGGGGGUCGGCUACGACGGCAUGAUUGCGCUCUACGACGUGUCGGUCGCCUUCUUUCGCGCGUACAUUGACAAGGACGUCCACGUGGUCAUGGAGAAGGGCGGAUUCACGCGCACCAAGGUGACGGCGCAGGUCUAUUACUACCAGGAGAGGCUGCUGAUGGUCAUCGUCCAUGGGGAUGACUUCCUGGCUGGGGGAAAGACGGAAUCUCUGGACUGGCUCGACGAGUGGGACCAUUGGGACGGACUGCUCGGCGCGGAGCACGCGACUGCCUACCGCAGCAUGGCGCCCACUGCCUUGUGCGUGGCUCACGACCGAUUCGACAUCCAGCUGGCCGUGGGAUACCUCAUGAGGGGCAUGGUCGCGCCCACCUGGCACCGCGGACUACUACUACAGCGACUGGCGAGCUACCUGGAGCAGCACCUGCAGUUCGAGCUCUUCUUCGAGUUCCGGAGGAUGCCCGAGGUGAUCGUGGCGGAAGUCGACAGCGACUGGGCGUCCGAGCCUGGUCGGAGGGGCGUCUGGUUGAGGGGCGUGAUGCUGAAGAUGGGGCUCGAGAUGACCCUGCAGGUGAACGCGGACAGCUCGGGGGCCAAGGGCAUCGCAUCGCGCUUGGGAGGCGGAAAGGGACGCCACCUUGAGACGAAGCGCUUCUGGGUGCAGGAGAGGGUCAGGGACAAGACGAUCUCGAUGGCGAAGAUCCACGCGGACACGAACAGGGCCGACAUGAAGACCGAGUCGCUCGAGGGCCCGAGAUUCCUGAAGCUGCUGGCGAUGCUUCCACUUCGGACCAGGUCUGGACGACGGACGGUGAUGUUCGAAUUGACGCUGGCGAUCGCGUUCCUGUCCGCGUGGAUUGGCCACCGUGUGUACAAGGCGCCGAUGCGGCUCCUGAUGUGUCUCUGGGAGCUGGUGGGAGAUGGCGGCGACCAGAUCGUUCAGGUGGAGGCCCCACCGGGAGACGAGCAUCUGGCGAUCGUGGAGAGCGGCGUCAGCAGGCACACGCAUACGACGCCGAUCAUGCACUGCUGGACGUGGGGUGCGGCGGAGCUGCGCGAUGAGUGCCUGCGCUUGGGCAUCUACCGAGGACAGCUCACGGCGCAGAUGAUCAAGG